CAUAUACACAGAAAUCAACGAGUCGAAGCUCGUAGCUAUUUUUGUGUUAAUUUGUGUGAUUAAUUUAACGUUACCACUAACGUAUUUCCGGCAACGCAUCGAGUUUAUUUGUUUGAUUUCACGUACCCAAAUACUCAACUAAAUUUCCAAUAUAAUAAUAUUUAUAGUAGCAGAGAUCUGUAAUAAUAAGGUUACGUGUAAUCGUUGAUUUCAUUGAGAAGCCAUGGUUAAAAGGCCAUGUUUAUUUGCAAAAUUCGUCACAAGAGGAUAGGAGUAAUUUCGUAGAAUAGGAAAUUCAACUUUCGUGUAACCACAAAAAACCGGCGAACGGAAAUGUCUGUGUUCUUCGUAAAUGCUAAUCAAGACAGCGAGGUGGAAGGAGAUUCAAAUGGCGACUUGCAAAUUGCGUCACCAGGCAGUUCCGAGGCCCAACAAUCCUUAGUUCAGUUCUGGCCAAAGGUCUCGGAGGAGAUAAAAAAAAUCACAACCAUGGACCUGAAAACACAAUCGUUGCCAUUAGCUAGGAUAAAAAAGAUUAUGAAGCUGGACGGCGAUGUGAAAAUGAUCAGCGCUGAGGCACCCAUGCUCUUUUCCAAAGCCGCGGAGAUCUUUAUACACGAGCUUACCCUCCGGGCAUGGGUACACACGGAAGACAACAAACGACGCACCCUCCAACGAAACGACAUCGCGAUGGCAAUCACGAAAUACGAUCAAUUUGAUUUCCUCAUAGACAUAGUACCUAGGGACGAACUGAAGCAAAGCAAAGCGCAGACCGAGAGUACCGUACGUACGUCCAUGAACUCGGAUCAGGUGCACUAUUACUUUCAACUGGCUCAACAGCAGGCGUCGGCCAAUCAAAAUGUACAGAGUAGUACCGCCACCACACAACCCAUACAAAUCGUUCAACCUUCCGCCGGGCAGAUACAAACGAUCAACAUCGGGAAUUCGGUGGAACAGGAAGCUACCAGCACGAGUACGACGCAAACGGUCACGGUGCAAAGUCCGCAACAGUCGUCGGGCCAGCAAAUUAUUCAACUGCAACAGGCACAACAGUCACCCACCUCUCAAACUGGAGGGCUACAGAUUAUACAGCAGGUGGUCGCUCCUAGCGGUGAAGUACAGAAUAUACCAAUACAACUGACUCCCCAACAACUGCAGAUGAUUCGUAUGCAGGUACAGGGCGGCAGCAAUCAGCCGAUAAUAAUACAGACCGCUCCAAUUCAGACCCAGCCGCAACUCAUACAAGUCGCGCAAGGCGCGCAAGCUCCAGUAUUCAUACAGACCACCAGUGCCGAUACCGAAUAAGAUUUGUCAUCGUACUUGCUCUAGAGUAUUAUAAUUUUUAACAUAACACUAAAAAUUUAUGACACUUAAAGUUAUGAAAUUAUAGUUUUGAAGUGUGUGUGUAUGACGUGAGAAAAGCAAUUGUCAUAUGAAAAAAAAUAAAUAU